ACGUAGUUGGCGGCGCGCACCGCCGUUCCCAGUUUGGGCGGCUGGCCUCGGGCGGCGUUGUCCAGUGGAGCGGAGCCCGGGAUCAUGAAGGAGGGGGAAGGUCUGCGGCAGCGCCGGCCACAGCAGCCGCAGGUGGUUUCGGAUGAAUCGCGGGACGCUGAGACCAAGCAUGUGAGUGCAUAUAGUGGGAAGGUUUUCCGGAUAACCUUGACAACCCUCAUUGUGACUCUUCUGGCCCCAUUACUGGUGGCAACAUUGCUGCUGGAGUCACCAAUAAACCCUGAACCUUUCAGUUACAAGGAACCUCCUCUGCUGGCAGGUCCUUUAGAGCCUAACCUCAAACUCAGACAAGCUGAACGCUUAUUUGACGGCCAGCUGAUUGGACCAGAAUCUAUUGCACACCUUGGAGAGGUCAUAUUCACUGGUACGGCUGAUGGACAGAUUCUGAAAAUAAGUGAUGGACAAAUACAUACCCUGGCAAGAAUAGGCAAACUUCCUUGUGGAACAAGAGAAGAUGAACCAACAUGUGGAAGACCUUUGGGAAUCCGAGUAGGCCCUAAUGGGACUCUGUUUGUGGCUGAUGCUUAUUAUGGACUAUUUGAGAUUAAUCCAGUCACAGGUGAAGUGGAGAUGCUCGUCUCUGCUCAGAAGAUUAUUCAAGGCAGGCGAAUGGCCUUUGUGAAUGACCUCAGCAUCACACAGGAUGGCAGAAAGAUCUACUUCACUGAUUCCAGCAGUAAGUGGCAGAGGAGAGAUAACCGAUACCUGGUGAUGGAGGGCACUGCUGAUGGGCGAUUAAUGGAAUAUGACACCGUAACAAAACAAGUGGAGGUAUUAAUGGAUGACCUAAGGUUUGCAAACGGAGUCCAACUCUCUCCAGCUGAGGACUAUGUACUAGUUACUGAGACGACCAUGGCUCGAAUUAGAAGAUACCACAUCUCUGGAUUAAGAAAAGGAGGACAUGAUAUAUUCUUUGACAAUCUUCCUGGGUUUCCUGACAAUAUCCGACCAAGUAGUUCAGGAGGCUAUUGGAUUGGCAUGGCAGUACUACGUCCAAAUCCUGGCUUUUCUAUGAUGGAUUUCCUUGCUCCAAGGCCUUGGCUUAAGAAUUUAAUUUUCAAGCUGUUCAGUCAGGAGAUGACCAUGAAGUUUGUACCCAAGUAUGGCCUGGUAUUGGAGCUAAAUGAGGAUGGAUCCAUCAACAGGAGCUUCCAUGAUCCCCAUGGAGUGGUGGUGCCUGCAGUUAGUGAGGCAGAUGAGCAUGAUGGUUACCUGUACCUUGGUUCCUAUUAUUCCCCCUUCCUCUGCCGGCUAGAUCUCAACAAGGUUUAACAUGCUUGGUCUGAAGUGAAAGGAUUUUUGCCGUAGGUCCAUCUACAAAAGCUAAUUUAAAACAUCCCGCCAACCGAUACUUCAAGAAAAUACAUUUCAAAAGGUUGCCAUGCUUUGAAGAUCAUAAUGAUGAAUGUUCAAGAUUUAAUUUUGUUUUGUUUGACCUUUAAAUAACAACAACUUUCCUCAAUGAUUUGUGAAACUAGACAAUGAGGGAUAAUUUCUGAUUAUGUUCAUUAUGAACCAGUUCAUUGUCUGAAGUUGGGUUAAUAAAAGUUUGUGAAAUUAAUAUAUUGCACUAAACCUAUAACUAUCUACUUUUGGAAGUACAGCAAUCAUAUUAACCAAUUUUGUGAAUUUAUGUAAUGUGAUGCAACAAACAUUAUGGAUUUUGGAAUUUACUGAAAGUUUAAUUGCUGAUUCUGACUGUGAUGUUUGUGGUUCUUUUUAAUAUUGUGACAGAUUUAGGCUCAGUUCAAUUGAGCUUUGGGUUUAGAUUGAUUUGGGAGGACACACCUGAAUCAUGAUUUAGAGAUUUUAAUUGGAGAACCACACCAGGAUAUUAUUGUCUGGGUCAAAAAGUAAACAAAAUUAUCAAUUUACAUAUCAAUUAGUGACUACAACAUUAAUAGGCAGAUAUUGGUAGAUAGCUCGUCCUAUCUGUUAACCUUUCAGUAUUUUCUCUAUCUAACAAUGUUGUUCCAGAAAUUAAAGAUUUGGGCGAGACAUUUCCUCUUCAUUUUCCAUCCAGUCCCACAUGGAUGUAAACAUACUGAACAGACUGUCAUAAAGAGAGAACAUUCACAGUCAAUUUUCUUUGAACAAUUGAGAUGCUAUCAUACUAAAUUACUUACAGUUUUGAAGGAGAUUAAAUGCUUCUUAAAUGGAAAUCAGAGUGUCAUGUUUAUGAGAGAAUUUACAUCAUGCUACAUUUUGAUGGAUUGAAUGGGCCUUAUCAAAAGUUGCCACUGCACUGUUGUUUUGAUUGUAGCAUUCAAGGCUACCUCAUUUAUAAAGAUGUACAGGUACGAAACAGAAGCUGUCAUAUUCAGGUUCCUACAUGCUGGCUCCUGAAAUGUUUAGCUUUGCAAGUGGUUAUACCUAUUGCUAGUGUGAUCAGUGAUGGGUCAGACUGGCCCUUUCUCAUUCAAACACAAUGGCUUAUUUCCAGUUACUGCUUGUCUUUUAAAAUUAUUUUGAAAAAAUUUUCACUUCCAAACCUCUUCCUCAGGCAGUACUACUAGUCUUGUGAAUAGAAGAAUGAAUGAAAACAGUUGAUAACGUUUUUCAAUUGGAUGACCAGGUGUUUAAAAAGUCAUGAAUAGUGUGCUUCUGCAUUAUAAAUUGAACCUGAAUGUGAUUUUUUUGAUCUAGCAGAGUAUCUGUACUGAGGAUGGUUAAACUUGUCACAGCUUAAAGUUUAGUUAUAGUAAUUGUAUAAAUUAUAACCUGAAACUAAGAGGAAAGAUCACUAAACACAUUCCUAGAUGAUUUCAACUGAGUUCUCUAUCCUGUCUUUACAAGACUUUUGAUGGGACAUUGCAGGAUUGUACUUCUAGUCAUUAAGACUAGGCAUUUAAAUUUAUAAGACUGCAGCAUACCUUGUCUUGCAUUGUUCAUUAAAAAGAUGAUCAUGCUAAAA